CUCGAGCUGGAGCAAAGGUUGGUCGGGGAGCGUGUCCCGAAGCAAAGCCAGAGUGCAGUGGGACAAAGCCCAGAACAAGACACUACAAGGAGUAACUGGACCUCCUAAAAUUCUUUCAAAGCUCUCUAGUCCCAGCCGAGGGGGAGGCCAUCAGCUGCAGUCCCUAUAGCAUUCAUGUGACUUGCACGGAAUCCGCUCAGAACUAUUCAUGGCCCAAGAAUCACAGUGGGAGUUGGUUUGGCUUCUCCGGUCAGAUCCGGCUCCGCAGCCCAGCAUGAAAGGAGCCCGUAGUCACUGAACAGCAGUGAUCCAGACUUGGUGUGAGCCGUGUGUCCUGCCCCCCCUGCAGUAGCUGGAUUGCUGUGUCCUUUCUGACUGCUUUGCCCGUGCGUGUUCCAGAUGACCUUUUCAUCACACCUACCCUCUGGUGCAGCGCAUGCAUGAGACCCUGCUAAGUAAAGCCUCUUCCAUGUGCUUCACUGGCUCUUGCGCAGGCUUGCCGCAGGAGGGAUGCACGGUGCUGAGGAAUUCCCUCCCUGCCUUGUCUUCUCUCCCAGCCAGGCAGGGCUGGUGUAAUUGUUGGAGCUGUGGUGCUUACGAUGCCUGUUGUUUCCAUCUCCCAUGGCACUGAUGCAUCCGUGGGGCUUAAAAGGGCUGAUGUGUGUCAGUGGCCUUCUCUCACUCAUCCUGCUCUGGUGCCUGCUGGUCAUGACAGCUGACGUCCAGAAGAGAUGGCAGCUUUCCAGUCGCUUCCCCAUCUUCCGAGGGAAGCUACCCAGAAUGUCUCGCUUUGGGGCCAUCAAAGCUGUCCAGAGAGGGGUGGACUUUCCAUCUCUGUUCACCAGCUCUCACACAGAUCCUCACUGUGAGCCUGGACAGCUGCUCCUGAUCCUCGUGACUUCAGCCCCAGGGAAUUCAGAACCCAGGCAAGUGAUCAGGAGAACCUGGGCUGCCCACGAGGGACCGAGAGCACCCCAAUGGCAGUCCGUGUUCUUAGUCGGCCAGUCUGCAGACAUUGGGGUAGCCCAGGGCAUCCAGAGAGAGCAGCAGGAGUUUGGGGACAUCCUGAUUGGGAAUUAUCAGGACACCUAUCGGAACCUCACCCUGAAGGUCAUGCAUGGGUUUAAGUGGGUGGCUGAGCGGUGCCAGCCCAGCUACAUUCUAAAGACGGAUGACGACUGCUUCGUCAACACAGACCGGCUGCCGGAGUUCCUGCUGGAGCACAACACUAUUAAGACGGGCCUGUAUGCAGGAUCCCUCUUCUCCCGGGAGAAGCGGCAGGUCAUCAGAGAGCCUUCCAGCAAAUGGUAUGUCUCCAGGCAAGACUACCACCUAGACGAAUACCCGCCAUACGCCAGUGGCAUCGGCUACAUCCUGUCUCUGGAUGCCGUUGAGCGGAUCCUGUGGGCAGCAGAACAUGUCCAUCCCAUCCCGGUGGAAGAUGCCUACGUGGGCAUCUUGGCUGAGAGGGCUGGGAUCCAGGUGAAAUCCAGCGCACGCUUCGCCAAGCACAAUGUGAGGUGGCGGGUGUGUAACUACCGCUACCUGAUGGUGAUUCAUCACCUGAGCCCACAGGAGCAGGAGGUGGCCAAGGGGAGCAUGCUGCAGGCUCGGAGUGCCUGCCACGACAGCCUGGAGGUCACCAGGUGGAAGUGAGCCACUGUCUGCCAGGAGGGCUGGCAAGGGACCUGGCAACCUCAUGCCUGUAGCACAGUCUGAGGAGGUUAUACAACUGGUGCUCAGUUUAAUCCCCCCAAGCCCCAUCCCAGGCACUGGGGUGGGAGUCAUGGUCAGCCCCUGCGAUGCACUCUUGCCAGGCACCCCAGCUGUCUUACUCUUCCAUUGUUACGGGCUUCCAGAGAGUGAAAUGGCCCUGUCCGGAUUGCCUGGCAGGCAGCAUCUUACUCGCCACAGAAACAUGAGGUUGGGGCUGGGAGUCAGGAGCUCUGGAGUAGGAGUCUCAGCUCUGCUACUAACCUCAGGCCAGUAACUGACCGAUCCUGUGCCUCAGUUUCCCCACUUGUAAAGUGGGAAUGACUAUCUGACUCAGCUCCUAGAGCCUGUGGAGAUUAAUUGGUUCAUGUCUGCAGGCAGGAGUGGUGCCUGGGUUUUUGGCGCCCUAGGCAGGGGUCCUUCUGCGCUCCUGGAUGGUGGCGGCAAUUCUGUGGCGGGGGGG